CAGCAGCAGCAGCAGCAGCAGCAGACAUCGGCAACCAUGAAGCUUCUGAUCGUCCUGAGUGCUGUCGUGGCCGUGGCCCUGGCCAAGCCCGGCUUCCUAGGGGCGGGCAUCGCCGCCCCCGCCUACGGCGCAGGCCUCGCUGCCGCCGUCCAGCCCGCUCCCGUCUAUGUGGGCGGCAUCCACCCCGGCCUCGCCGCCUACGGCCCAGCCAACAUCGUCGUCGGUCCCGGCGGCUACAACCUGGACACCCCUGACGUGGCUGCCGCCAGGGGCGCCCACCUGGCCGCCGUCGCCCAGACGAGGGCCCGCGACGCCGCCAUCAACGGCGCCGCCCUCGCCGCCGCCUCUGCCGCCGCCUACGGAGCCUACGCCGCCCCCGCUGUGGUCGCCGCCCCCGCCGUCGCCGCCGUCGCCCCCGCUGUCUAUGGCGGACCUGGGGCUGCCUUCCUGGCUGCCAAGGCUGCUUACCACGGUUAA